UGAGCUUGUUAGUCAUGUACAAUUAAUUGAUCGGUGCACAAGCCAAAAAUUUAUUCAUCGCAAGGCAUUCCGUUAAAAUGAAAUUUCAAAAUUGUACGAUAUUAGCAUUUGCUAUUUUGUGUAUUAUUUUUACAAAAGUAACAUGUGAGACGGAAGCUGUUACCGAUGGAACGACAACAACAACCCCAGAACCGCCAAAGAAAAAGACUCCCGUGAAGGACAGCAAGUUGUGCAAAAAGUGUAGUUGCGUUAUAAAUGAUAACACCAGUUUGCUCGAUUGUAGUGAGAAAUUGGCUGGUGACUGGUUUACUUCAGAUGAAUGGAAGGAUUUAAUCGACGGCGAUGUGGUAUUCAAAACCAUAAAACUGGAGCACAACAACUUGACCGCUAUCCCGGCUCUACCCCCAUAUGGUGUGGAAAACUUGUACUUGGCAUUCAACCAGAUUGAGAAUGUCACUUUGGGAGCUUUCCAGAAUUUGAGUGAACUUGUGAACCUGGAUAUAUCGCACAAUAAGCUAACCACAAAAACCCUAGUACCCGAUGUCUUCCAAGGACCUUACUCGAUAAGUGACUACAAGCCUUUGCCAAAGCUGAGAUCGCUUAAUCUGGGAUAUAAUGACUUGCACUCUCUGGAUGCAGAUAUCUUCGAGCACUGUCCCCAACUGGAGGAGCUUGUGCUAUGCUCCAAUCCCUUCCAAAUUAUCAACAAAAAUGCCGAAGUAGCUAUUUCUGGAUUGGCUUACCUAAAGACCUUGGAUAUUUCUUAUUUGGAAAUCGAUUCUCUACCGGAAACAGUUCUGCAUGGACCCCGGGAUCUGAAUACCUUGUUGGCCGCUGGAAAUGAAUUUAAGCGUUUACCAGAUGGCUUGGAAUACGCACAGAACUUGGUUCACCUUGUUUUGAAUGAAAAUCCCAUCGAGAACUUGGUUGGAGAUAAUGUGUUUCCGGAAAUGACAAACCUUAAAUACCUGAGCAUGACUUUUAUGCCAAAACUAUACAAGAUAGGACCAGGAGCCUUCAGCGAACUGCAGAACCUCACCGAACUGAUUUUGUCAGACAACAAAUUCUUAAAUGAAAUUGACGAGCUGGCAUUUCCAAAGAACGUUACGGGAGGACCGUACCUAGACUAUCCUCCCUUGGAACAUUUUUACCUGAACAACUGCAACUUGACAGUCCUGCCCAAGCCUCUAUUAGUUCGUUGGGAUAAAGUUAAAGUACUUGAUCUUCAGUAUAAUCCUUGGACAUGUGACGCAUCCAACGACUACUUGAUCAACGUAUUAAUCGGACAAGUUAACAAAACAAGUCCAGUUUUGGCCAGGAAUGUCCAGUGUGCCAGUCCAGAGGGACUGAAAGAUGUUCCUGUUUUAAGAGUGGCGAAUGAACAUUUGGUUGAGAACCCAGGAGGCAGUUUGGUUUGGAUUGGUCUGCUUGUUGUACUUCUGAUUGCUAUUCCAACUAUAGUGGCCGCCUACGCCAUUAAGAAACGCGGCUGCUUUGGUCGGUUCCGCCGCAGUGAUAGUGUCGCUAACCGAGCCCUCUAUAAUAGGACCAGUUUCAAUGAAGAUUUUCACAUUUAAAUUAAGUUUCAUGAGACUAAAAUGUAUAACUUUUCAAAAUAUAUAUUAAAUAGGCAUAGUAA